ACUGCUACAUUUUCUGGGCAGAUAGAGAGACGGCUGUGAGCCUGAGAGGGAGAUGGACUGAGUGAGGGUGCUCUUCCGAUCAGUGCUGCCGAUAGCAUUGAAAUACCCACAAGCUAAGUUGAAAUAACAAACGGUUUUAAAUCGCCGAAUCAACAAGAAAAACAGAAAAGAAAAACAGUGCCGUCAUCAAUCUUUCACAUCCCACUCCAAACACACUAACACGGCAUUGAUGGUAAUGUAUGCAAGGAAACAACCGAGACUCGGCGAUGGGUGCGACCGAAGAGAUUCUCAGCCCUAUCAGGCACUCAAAUACUCGUCCAAGAGCCAUCCAGGAGGGGACCACCGGCAUGAGAAGAUGCGAGACUCCUCAGAUGUCACUCCUCCCUGCAAGAUGCUCAGGAGGUCCAACAGCCCUGACCACAAACACAUCGACAGCACAGUGCACGGCAGAGCAAAGGCUGUCCACACACAGCGGGCCAGAGACAAGGAUGGAGGGACCAGUUAUUCUCCACAAGAGAAUUCUCACAACCACAGUUCCCUUCAUAGCUCCAACUCGCAUUCUAACCCCAGCAAGACCUCAGACACACCUUACGAACCCGGUGACGACUGGUCGGAGCACAUCAGCUCAUCUGGAAAGAAGUACUAUUACAACUGCAGGACGGAGGUGUCCCAGUGGGAGAAACCCAAAGAAUGGUUGGAGAGAGAACAGAGGCAAAAAGAGGCAACAAAGACUGCAGUCGUCAACAGUUUCCCCAAAGACAGAGACUACAGAAGGGAGGCCAUGCAAGCAUCGGCAGCCCCUGGCUUUACUGGAGCAAAGUCGGCCCAGGCCGAGAAGCCUGCAGCAACCCUUGCCUCCCAGUCAUCAUCGUCUGGCUCGGGGAGCUUGAACCCCUCAUCGGGGCCGCCGGGUUCAUCAGCCUCCACAGUGCCAGUGUCCCCGGUCCUGCAGUCCCCUGUGCCUCCGUUCCUUCAGGACCCCACCCUGCUCCGCCAGCUCCUCCCAGCACUUCAGACCGCCCUGCAGCUCAACAACGCCAGUGUGGACAUGGCAAAAAUCAACGAAGUUCUCACAGCUGCUGUCACGCAAGCUUCAUUACAGUCGAUGCUCCAUAAGAUCCUCACCGCUGGACCGUCGGCUUUCAACAUCACUACGAUCCUCUCUCAAGCCGCUCAGCUCUCUAACCAAGCUCAGCAAUCGAACCAGUCACCCAUGUCACUAACAUCGGACGCUUCGUCGCCCAGGUCGUAUGUUUCCCCAAGGAUCAGCACACCCCAGACCAACGCUGGUCCCCUAAAACCCCUCCUCAGCACGCAGACGGUCAUCUCGCAUACGAAAGUGGGUUCGCAAACAGGGAAGCAGUCCUCUCAUCACCAGCCCAUAACCCAACAGUCCCUCUCCAGCGAUAAGCAGCACAGUCACGACGCCACCACGGCCUCUCCGCGCACCCUCCAGCGCCAAUGCAGUCACAGGAGUCCCUCCCCGGGUCCCAACCACAUCUCAUCCAGCAGUAGCAGCAACGCCCCCAACUCUGCCUGCGCUCCCCCCUCCGCAUCGCGACCCUCCUGCUCCUUCACCCCCUCCCUCGCCGCCCACUUUGAUGAGCAUCUCAUCAAACACGUGCAGGGCUGGCCUGCCGAACAUGCGGAGAAGCAGGCGUCGAGACUACGUGAAGAAGCUCACACCAUGGGGAGCAUCUGUAUGUCUGAGAACUGCACCGAGCUCAAAAACCUGCGGUCCUUGGUCAGAGUCUGUGAAAUACAAGCGACAUUGCGAGAGCAGAGAAUAUUGUUUCUGAGACAGCAAAUCAAAGAACUUGAAAAGUUGAAGAAUCAGAAUUCCUUCAUGGUCUGAGAACUUCUGGUUGCGAGUUUGGGUGGGCGGUGGUGUUAAAGAUAAAUAAAAGCGGAUGGGGGGGCAGGGGAGACCCAUUGCACAUAGGUGGAAGCUGGAGGGAGAGUGGUUGUUUGGGUUCCUCUUGAGCCCUGUCUUAACACACGAAGGAGCUGCUGCAGUCGGGCCGGCUGUGGAUCGCUGGGAGAACCGAAGACCGGGGGGGGGGCUUUACAAGACUCUUGUUUUGUAAAAAACCCAUGGCGGUGGAUUUAAAAAAAUGUAGAUUUCUUGUAGAUGUUGUUAUCUAUGUUGUACAUACAUUUUGUAGAUUGAAGCCAUGGACAGCCAUGCCUCUCAGCUUUUGACAUCCAAACUAAUCAACGCCUCGGCGGCUACAUUCUUUAGCUAGCCUCUCCUUCACGGUAACUUGUCUGCAGACUUACAGCUUUUUUUUUGCUUUUUUUGGGGGGGGGGGUCAAUUCAUGGAUCAUUGAACCAUUGAGCAUACGCGACCUGCACGUCAGUGGAUGUUCCAAAUCCAUUAAAACACGCACACAGAGGAGCCGAGCAUAGAAAGCGGAACAUGCUGGCUCUGGUGUGGUUUCUUUCCUCAUCAAAUAUAAAGCUGAUUUACUCUUGUCUCGACCCUGUGCCCCUCUCUGGGUGAACUGUAACCUUGACUCGGGCAAGGUAAACCCCCCCCCCCCCUCCUCUCUCUGCAGGUCUAUCAUGACUGCUCGCAACGGUUCAGUGAUCUAUUCGCAGUUUCUGGUGGCCCUGCAUGUCCCAGUCUCAGAAAAAUAAACAAACGUAAAAAAAAAAUAGUGCCUGGUGGAGUGAGUGAUUUAAAGACAACAACAAAAAAACUUGAGACGUGAUGUUGUGCUGCUUUGGACCAUUCCCCCCCACCACCACCCUGGCCUCAGCACUGACCCCCCUCACCCCCUUCUCCUGAGGCAUCAACACUUCACACCCUCCUUUUGUAGUAUUUUCUUUGUGUUCCAACAAUUUGUUUUGUCCCAUUGUACUUUUCAAGAUGAGGAGGCCACCACCAGUUCAUUCCUUUUGUACAGUCGCUAAAAAUAGUUUUUUUUUUUUUCUUUUUUCAGAAGAGGACAUGGAACGAAAAGGUUUUUAUUUAUAAAGAGUCGUAGUAGAGGGCAGUAAAUGGCUAUUUGCAGUUCAGGAGUGGCGCUCUGGAUUUAAAGGCGGACGGGCACAGAUUUCCUGUCGGCGCAGGGAAACAAGAGGUCACAAGGUCAAAUGUGAAUUGUAUGUAUUGUAAUAAAGAUGUUCAACUAAA